ACGGGCGGAACUCGAAGUGGAAUGGAAACAGAUGCUUCGCGAAGGUCGGAUGGCUCCCUCUGGAAGAACGAUCAAUCCGCGACUUCGCUGGCGCGAAUUUGCAGGGGGACAGGGCGAUGGGCGCGAAUGCGCCUUCGCGAAUCAUCCAUCCAGUGGGAAAGGCAAGUUGUGGGUUGACCGCGAUCGGGCGAACCCAAUCGCCGAUGUUUCGCGAAGGUUGCAUUCUCAUUUUUCGGUUGUCUGGAGGACAGAUGCGCGGGAGCGGGCUGGGACCAGGCGGUUUUCAGGAAGCCCCACUGCUAUCUUCGAGCACGAGCAGGAACCCAUAUCCCAUGGGCAAGGCUUAAAAGCAGCUAGACCCCACGCUGCGAGUGUCAAAUUAAGGCAAUCAGCUGUCGUCGCACUCGCCAAUCCGUGCACCAGUCUGCGAUCGGGAACACGAGUAAUCUCUGCUGUUACGAUUUAGGGUUUCAAUCCGUUCGAACGCCCACUGUAGUCCGUGCCUACCCAUCUCUAUCUCUGCUUCACCGCAGUCGCGCGCGCAAGCGACGUCUCUCACCACUGUCCUUACGCAGUCGCUCGCUUCUGCUCACGCUCUAAUCGCGCAGGUAAGCGCUCACGAGUCCUCUUGCGCGCCCUCUCUCACGCUGGUCUGAAGCACGCACUCACGCGCUUCUCUCACGCUGUACUGAAAUCACGAAUCAGCUUGUCUUAACGUUGUCAUCGCAGCGUAGGCACUUGCUCUCCCUCACGCUGGUUAUUGUUGUUGUGGUGCGCAAAAUUUUCAGCAGGUCGUGAUGGCGGAUGUGGACGUGAUGCCGGGUUCCUCUGCUCCUGCUGCUGAGGACGUGAGCAUGAACUUCGAGACGGAGACCUUCGCUUUCCAGGCGGAGAUCAAUCAGUUGCUUAGUCUCAUUAUCAACACUUUCUACAGCAACAAGGAGAUCUUCUUACGGGAGCUGAUCAGCAAUGCCUCCGACGCACUGGACAAGAUCCGAUUCGAGGGCUUGACCGACAAGAGCAAGCUGGAGGCGCAGCCAGAGCUGUUCAUUCACAUCGUCCCGGAUAAGGCGAACAAGACGCUGUCGAUUAUCGAUAGCGGAGUUGGCAUGACGAAGGCAGAUCUUGUCAAUAACCUCGGCACGAUUGCGCGAUCCGGCACGAAGGAGUUCAUGGAGGCUCUGACUGCUGGUGCUGAUAUCAGCAUGAUCGGACAGUUUGGAGUUGGUUUCUAUUCGGCGUACCUAGUGGCGGAGAGAGUUGUCGUCACCACUAAGCACAACGACGACGAACAGUACGUUUGGGAGUCUCAGGCAGGCGGCUCGUUCACUGUCAAGUGUGACACCUCAGGCGAGGAUCUGAAGAGAGGUACCAAGAUCACCUUGUACCUGAAGGAGGACCAGACGGAGUAUCUCGAGGAGCGGCGGUUGAAGGACCUGAUCAAGAAGCACUCUGAGUUCAUCAGUUAUCCGAUCUCUCUGUGGACAGAGAAGACGACGGAGAAAGAGGUGUCUGACGACGAGGAUGAAGACAAGGACGAGGAGGAGGGCAAGGUUGAGGAGAUCGACGAGAGCAAGGACAAGAAGAAGAAGAAGAAGGUAAAGGAAGUGUCUCACGAGUGGAAGUUGGUCAACAAGCAGAAGCCGAUUUGGAUGCGCAAUCCCGACGAGAUCACGAAGGAAGAGUACGCGGCUUUCUACAAGAGUUUGACGAACGAUUGGGAGGAGCACUUGGCCGUCAAACACUUCUCCGUGGAGGGGCAGUUGGAAUUCAAAGCCGUGUUGUUCGUCCCGAAACGUGCGCCGUUCGAUCUUUUCGAUGGCAAGAGGAAGAUGAACAACAUCAAGCUGUAUGUGAGGCGAGUGUUUAUCAUGGACAACUGCGAGGAGCUCAUUCCGGAGUACUUGAGCUUCGUGAAGGGAGUCGUGGACUCAGAGGACUUGCCUCUGAAUAUUUCUCGCGAGAUGUUGCAGCAGAACAAGAUUCUUAAAGUCAUCCGCAAGAACCUUGUCAAGAAGUGUAUUGAGCUGUUCACCGAGAUCACCGAGAACAAAGAGGAUUACGCGAAGUUCUACGAGGCUUUUGCCAAGAACAUCAAGCUGGGUAUUCACGAGGAUAGCACGAAUCGCGCGAAGUUGGCGGAUCUGUUGAGAUACCAUUCGACGAAGUCCGGUGACGAUAUGACAAGCUUGAAAGACUAUGUCACGCGGAUGAAGGAUGGGCAGAAGGACAUCUACUACAUAACCGGCGAGAGCAAGAAGGCAGUCGAGAACUCGCCGUUCUUGGAGAAGCUGAAGAGGAAGGGAUACGAAGUGCUGUUCAUGGUCGAUCCGAUCGACGAGUACGCCGUCGGGCAGCUGAAGGAAUAUGACGGGAAGAAGCUCGUGUCGGCGACGAAGGAGGGACUCAAGCUGGAGGACACGGAGGAGGAGAAAAAGAGGAAAGAGGAGACGAAGAAAGCGUUCGAGAGUUUGUGUAAGCUGAUGAAGGAGAUUCUCGGUGAGAAAGUCGAGAAAGUUGUCGUCUCCGAUCGUAUUGUCGAUUCCCCUUGUUGUCUGGUCACUGGCGAGUAUGGCUGGACGGCGAAUAUGGAACGCAUCAUGAGGGCGCAAGCUCUUCGGGAUAGCAGCAUGUCGAGUUACAUGGCCAGUAAGAAGACGAUGGAGAUCAAUCCGGAGAACGCGAUCAUGAAAGAACUGAAAAAGAGGGCGGAAGCGGACAGAAGCGACAAGACUGUCAAGGACCUGGUGAUGCUGAUGUUUGAGACGGCACUUCUGACGUCGGGAUUCAGUCUUGAUGAUCCCAACAUGUUCGCGGGCAGAAUUCACCGAAUGAUUAAACUUGGUCUGAGCAUCGACGAGGACGCAGGUGCGGAGGACGAGGACAUGCCGCCUCUGGAGGAGGAAACUGCCGCCGAAGAGGGCAGCCGCAUGGAGGAGGUUGACUAAGGUAGAGGCCACGUGGACGUUGAUAACUCGUUUGAUAAACGCGCGAUUAGAUGUAAUCUGAGUGCCGUGAUUUCCGUUGGCGUUGAGGCCACGUGGACUCCGCGCAGAUUACGACGCGUCCACGUUAAUGUUGCAUAGAUGCGACGGAUUGGACGUGGACUCGAGAUCUGAUUGUUGUUUACUUCAGCAGUCUUCGUGGAUGAAACGGGGAGGGGGAAUUUCUCUGAGUCUGUUUCCAUAUCUAUUCCUAUUGUUGAUGUGGUGAACUACUCUGUAGGUCGACUGAGCUGUAGGUAUUACUUUCAGGAGUAGCUGGACUUGUCUCGUUCAUCGACGUUUGUUGUCGCGGUCGUCCUAACUGAAACGCGGUUGACGGGUGCGAUUAGAUGUCGUUUUGAGCUCCGUAAUGGCCGUUUAUUUUGCGGCCACGUGGACGUCGCUAAAGUGCUUCGCAUCCACGUGGAUGUUGCACAGGUAUGACGUUUAUGUAGCGGCCACGUGGAUGUCGCGUAACGUACUUCGCAUCCACGUGGGUGUUGCGUAGGUAUGACGAAAUAGACGUGGAUAUGGCAUUCGAGGCGUCAAGAAUUUUGCCGCGAAGUCGUUGCGGGGUAGGAGAUUUCUCCUUGCCUCUGUUUUCAUGUCACUCUUCGUGAUGGUAAUGAUGUCGGGAUUGAUGGGGAUCGAGUCGUCGCCGUGGAAGUAAGGACUUUCUCUUCGUAAUGGUAAUGAUGUCGGGAUUGAUGGGGAUCGAGUCGUCGCCGUGGAAGGAAGGACUUUUACGUAUGUGUGCGCUAUCUCAGAGUAUGCGGGUAGUCGAGGAUCAUACGUUUCUUACGCGUGGUGCAACUAGGUAGUUCAAGGACGCGUUGUCGCUCUCAUCUUGCCGUCGCGUAUUGGUCCGCCAGGGUGAACGAGUCUCGUCAUCGUCGUCUCCAGUGAUCGACGGGCGUAAUCAAGACGCCGUGGAAGUGAGGACUCUACGUAUGUGUGCGCUAGCAGAGGAUGUUGAAGUCGAGGAUCAUUCGUUUUAUGCGUGGUGCAACUAGGUAGGUCAAGGACGCGUUAUCGCUUUCAUCUUGCCGUCGCGUAUUGGUCCGCCAGGGUGAACGAGUCUCGUCAUCGUCGUCUCCAGUGAUCGACGGCGCGUGAUGAAGGCGCGGUUAUCUCGUUGAUGUCUUUGGUAUGAAGCGUGCUGGCGUCAUGUGUUCAUGACCUGGUUUUACCAGCUUGCGCCUAGUUAAGCUUUCUAAUCGCUUGUCGAUGUGCAUGUAUAAGGGCGGCCGCGCAUGUGAGGACUAGAAGGCAGGGUGAGUCGUCCGUGGUGGAUUGCGGUCGGCACAGCUGUGUGUGGAACUGCGCGGGAGUUGGUGACAGGAAGGUCGAUAAGCGGGCGGCGCGCGCGCAACAAAUUAAAGUUAAGCGCGCUGCCUUCGCGUUGUUAUCGUGGGGCAAUUGCUACGUCGCUGCAGUGUGGUCCUCCACCUUUCGAGGUAAUGUGUGCGAAUGGCGGGCUCUGGUAUUGCAGCCUGUGGGGCAAGCUGACGACUAUGUGGACUAUUGUCAUCACAGUGGUGGUUCAGUCUGUGAGUCGAUAAGAGACGACGGGUUGUGUCUUCCGAUCGAACCGGGGGCUGUGGCCUGAGCAAAUAUUACCUGUAAGUGAGCGGGAGCUUAGUUAUGAUGGACGGCGUUCUUCUGCCAGAGUCUUAGUUGUAUAGUAAUCCUGAUGGAGUAGGAGAGGCAUUGUAGAGCCAGCCUCUUUGAGUGGCACGUGAUUGGAGCAUAGCAUUUUUUUCGUUGUCGUGGAAUAUCUGACCAUUUGUUACGGCUGUUAUUGCUGGCCUCUUGCUGUAUCUCAUUAGAUGUGCAGAAUGAGAACGAGGUGUUCGAUAAGAAAUGGAAAGAUUCAACGCCAUAAUUGCUGCGUUUGUGCAAAUUGACUGUGUCCAUUGUGUUUCGCCAUAAUCGUCUUUUGUUGCAGUUGUGCAGUCAGU